AUGAGCGAGGAAGAUGGACCAAGCAAGAGGAAAAUCGCCUUUAUUACUUUCUGUACCAUCUUCCUUGUGGGUUGUGUCAUAGGCAUCGCAUUUAGCGUUAACGUGGAGACGGAAAGUUCCGACAAUGCAGGACAACAGAAGGACCGCGUUAUUUCCUCUGUGAAAGCGGUGAAAAUCCUUUGUAAACCCACAACGUACCAGAAAGAAUGUGAGAAUAGCCUGAUGAAAGAUGCUAGGAACAUCACAGACUCCAGAGAACUCAUUAAACUUGCAUUCAGUGUAGCCAUGAAGAAAAUAGAUAAAGAACUACAAAAAAUAGAUAACAUGCGCAAGAAUGAGAGUGACCCCAGAGCCAAGAUGGCUCUUGCAACAUGCAAGCAACUGCUCGGUCUUUCCACUGGAGAAUUCCAAAGGUCAAUUGAGAAAAUGGGCAAGUUUGAUCUCGACAAUCUGAACAAUAUCCUCACUAGUUUGAAAGUUUGGCUUAGCGGUGCAAUCACCUACCAAGAGACUUGCCUGGAUGGUUUCAAGAACACCACCACCCAUGCACGGAUUAAGAUGAGGAACUUGUUGACCACUUCCAUGCACUUGAGCAGCAACGCCCUUGCCAUCAUCUCAACACUUGCUAGUGCUGUCGAAUUGGUCGGGGGUCGCAACCUUGCUGAGGGUGGCGAACAUGUUUUUGGUCACGCUGAGGUUAUUCCCUCGUGGGUUGUUGAUGAUGAUAUUGGUGGUGGUGUUCGUAGACUCCUUCAUCAACGUUCUUACAGAUUGAAGGCUAAUGCGAUUGUGGCCAAAGAUGGUAGCGAAAAGUUCAAGAGCAUCGGCGAGGCAUUAAAGAAGGUGCCUAAGAAGAAUAAGAAGCCAUUCGUGAUUUACAUUAGGGAGGGUGUUUAUCGUGAGUACGUUGAAGUCGCUAAAACCAUGACUCGGGUCGUCUUUGUCGGUGAUGGUGCCAAUAGAACACGAAUCACAGGCAAGAGAAACUUCGUGGAUGGGAUGAUUACUUACAGAACCGCCUCAGUUGCUAUCCAUGGAGAUUACUUUGUGGCCCUGAAUAUAGGGUUUGAGAAUUCCGCUGGUCCACAGAAACAUGAAGCAGUAGCCAUAAGGGUCCAAGCAGACAGAUCCAUUUUCUACAGAUGCUCAAUAGAUGGGUACGAGGGGACGUUGCAUGCUCAUGCGAUGCGUCAAUUUUAUAGGGAAUGCACGGUUUCAGGCACCGUGGAUUUUGUGUUUGGUGAUGCAGUGGCUGUUUUUCAAAACUGCACUUUCGUGGUGAGAAAGCCAUUGAAAAACCAACAAUUGAUUGUGACUUCUCAAGGUAGAAAGGAGAAGCAGCAACCAUCAGGAAUAGUGAUCCAAGGAAGCUCCAUCGUGGCUAAGCGUAAGUCUGAUAGCAAGGCUUACCUUGGUCGUCCACUGAAGAAUUACUCGAGGACCAUCUUCAUGAACACUUACAUGGAGGACAUUAUCAAACAUGAGGGGUAUACGGCAAAGCAAGGACGACGGGGUCCUGCAGCUAUGAACACUUGUUUCUAUGGUGAGUACAAUAACAGUGGUCCUGGUUCAAACAAAACGAAGCGUGUAAAAUGGCGUGGGAUCAAGAAACUCAAUGCAGAAUCUGCGAGGCAAUUCACACCACUCAAGUUUUUUCAUGGAGAUCAAUGGGUUAGAAUUACUAGGAUUCCUUACUACCCUGACAUCCUCCCCAAGCGCUAA